AUGACCACCAACGGGUUCAUAAACAUCACGCAACUGGCCAACCUCCUCGUGAUCACUCCAUCUCCUGAUGACCUCUCUUGCCACAGGAAAUACCUUGUUUUUGUAAGCAACCUUCGAGAAAUGUCGACGACUUGGCCAAACAAGAAGACUUGACACGAAAGGAUUUUGUCCGGGUUAAGUGUUGCAUCAUGACGGAAUUUCUGGAAAAUCCGUUGGUUUCGUAAAAUUAUUCAACUCUUUGCAACCUGUUUCGCGCAACAGGUUGCAAAGACCUGCGAUAACGCGGUGAAAAAAAGUUUUGCAGCCGUUUACUGCGUUCAGGCGUGUACUUGUAUGAUGUACGUCAACAAUGUCAAAAUGCGAUUUAUCGCUCUAGAUCGUCGAAGUAAAAGACGAGAAUGUUCGUCCUUUAGAGCUAAUUGUUUAGGUUUCUAAUUACGGUUAGCUUCGCAAAGUCGUUUUCUGUUCAUUACCAGUAUAAUCCAUCCAAGAGUAUAAAGAAGGUAUUACUUUUGUUUUGUUCAGCUUUCUUUAGGAAUUGCACCAAUAGUGAACUGUGUACUGCGUCAAAGAAGGUUUGAUUAUAAAUUGUUAUGACGUCAUGUCGCAAACAUGGGAUUGCUUGGAAAUCUUUGCAAUGGGCCUGAUGUUUAGGCGAACAAAGAUUUUAGAUUCGAAGUCAAUUGACAAGGGCCAUCUUUGACCCAAUCUAAUCUGCUCCCACUUUUGCAAUUGUAUGUUUUAUUCACUCCCACUAAAAAAACAUUCACGCGGACAAUGGGAGAUUAGAGGACUUCCCAUGACUAAUGGUUUAAAGAGAGUCCUGUUUAUUCCACAUGUUUCCUGGAAUCGAGGGUUGACGUUCGCGGAUUGGUGGCAGGAGCGGUGUGUUACCGUACGAGACGAUUAGAGCGUUCCUCUUUAUUCGAAUGGGGUAUUAGGACGGUCUUUUAUUCUCCUACGUAAGGGUUUGAAUUCUUGCAAUUCUUUGCGUUUUUCUCUAUUGUUGGGAUGUAAAAUUCCUAAUCUUGCUGACUAUAAGGGCGUUCUUUCGGGAUCCUGCGUCAUUUCGUGGGCACUUAUUAUACUGCAGAUUUAGAUUAGUUUCGCGCAAACGCUUAUUUGUCAAAUCUGUCGAAGUAAGAUCAUAUUGUGUUUAUUUUGCAUCCUCCAUGUUCUCUAUUUCUCACGUGCUCUGGAAUUUUACUGCUUGUAAAUAUUGCUAAUUACUCGGAUAAUUAAUUUUAUUGUUCCGUUCCCUUCUGUCAUAAUUUCGCUUUGAUAAACGGUUUGCCCUCAUGAAUACCGAAAGUUGUAUUUUGUUUUUGUUAUCUGCGGAAAAACAAAGAACUUGAGAGGGAAAUUCGUGGGAACACCCUGCCCACAGUGCAUCUAUCAUUAUUAUUCCGUGCGCGGACUUCAAAGACUACUCUAAUAUGCAUCGGCGUCACUUGUGAGGCCAGGGUUCAGAUGUCGCAACAAUUUUGAGAGAACAUUUUCUAGUUUAUAGAAGAUAAUAAUUUUUGUAAUCUUUAACAUUUUUGCUCUGUAUUGGAACGUUCUUUGCCUUCCCGGAUACGGUAUGGGGUCCAGUUCGACUCUCUGCCUAAGGGUUUACAUCCUGGUCUGGAGUAUCAAAUAAUGGCCACAACUUCUAAUUGGUGGACCCACAUUUGCAAGGGCUAAUUGUUGAUUCCCAGACAAAGCCGUGUCAACUUCUAGGUUUACAUGCCGGAUGCCCAGUUUCGUUUCUUCUCUAUUCAUCUCCGAGGACUUUGACUUUUUCGAACCGAAUGCUCGUUCGUUCUCCACUCUUUCUUAAAGGUAUUUCACAAUGCUUCAGGACGUUUGUUGUGUUCUCAGUCAGUGAUAAUAACGAGAAAGGAGCAGCAUAAAUAUCCGUUUUAAUGAGCAGUAAAGUCCCCGGGCGGCAAAGGACGUAUCUUGUACAAUCUUCUGUUUACUCGAAUUAUUUUCUCCAGCGAGAAAUGGAAAGCAUAUUGGAGGUUUAGUUUUGGAAUUUAAAAAACUUUUUCAUCAGAAAUAGGCAAAAAGAUGACUAAAACCCACUUUUUUCUGGGAGCCUUUUCUCAUUAUCGUUCUCUCUUAUUUGAAAAAAUGGUGACUGAAUAUAUCGAAUGGUUUGAAAAUUUAUUUUGGCAUAGGCUGAAAUUUUGAGAGACCAAAAUAUGACCUAUAUAGAUAAGAUUGUCAAAUCUGUACCCGAGAAUGCGCCCAAAAUUUAGAUAACAUCUGAGCCUUGCACCUCCAUAACUUUCUAUCCGGACCAACUUGUACUUUAACGAGACUUAUUUUCGAAUCACACUUAUUGGGACUAUUUUUUCAACGAUAAUUUAAAUGUACUCUACCUUUUCCGUGUUCCGCAGUAAAGACAACUUCCUGUCCAAGUUGUGUAAAGUCCAAGAACUCCUUUUGCAAGAAAAAAAGCUUGUCAUGCUAUAGUAAGACGUUUGUUUUUCUACCAAAACAGUCUGGAAGGCGCGCUUGACCAAGAUUCCCACUUUUUUCGUACUUUCUUCGCAAUAUUUGGGUUACAUUUGCCGUGGAUAAACCCCUUUUCGAAGGCAGAGAUCCCCAAUCUAAUUAGAGUUUGUGUUGUGCUUACGUGAAGAAAGGCCUCAGGAUUUCGUAUCCAGAUCUUUUUGGUUCCGUUUUUAGGCGGCUAAUUAAAGGAUAAUAUUGGAGUGAACACUCAAAGAUUGCCCUCUCCCAAUUAAUGUUAAUCGAAUUAAUUGGAAGAGGGGGUAUUGUAGUAGGUGUUUGUUCCUAUUUUGAGGACUUGGCCUUUUGCUCCCGAAUUAAUUUGAGGACUUUUUGCACCCAUUAGACACAAGGUAUAAAAUUAAAUUGUGAUUGUGCAAUUACCAUGGCUUCAGAGAUCUCUAAACAGUUUUAUCAGUAUUAGCAAUCCCUAUGAUCUCUGUAUCUAGCAGUAAUCCUUUUUAACCAAUUGUUUUACCAUAAAUACCAUUACAAUGGCCAUUAGAAUUUAACCUAUCAAGUCGCGUUGUUUUUGGGAACGGCUAGGCGUAUUUAUAAAUUAAAAAGGCAAGAGAGUAGUUUGACCAGUAAUGUCAUUACAACGAACGUUGUAUUCCCGGUAUCCAACUGUUAUUUCACGCCCUUGCGUCCAUCUAUUUAUGUGUAUAUUUACGCAAAUAUUUCCUCAAUAUUUUCAUUUGCGCAAGUAUUCAUUGAGUUCAUUCUAUCUUUGACCAUUGAACUUGUUUGCCUCGUCUCAUAUGCGGAUUAAUCGGUUAAUGAUGAGUUAUGAGCUUGCAAAAGUUUUUGUUUUUGUCGAACUAAUCCUACCGUACUCCUGUUCACGAAUGGCAAAUGGUUUGGCCGACCCAUUGUUCCCUCCGAAGUGAAGUAUUAUGUUUUGCGUGAUUUCUAAUCAUUUUGUUUAUCCCAAAAAUUUCUUGUAAAUCCGUUUGAGUAUCAUGCCGGCUUUCACCGGGUUCGCCUGACGUUUGGUCAACUUAGGACAAAGGAUUGUGGUAAUACAAGCACCUUUACCGCGUCAUCAGGUUUUUGUUGAUGGUGAUUAUUUGCGGGCACAGGAAAUGGGGUCUGUCAAUGUUUUGGUUUACUUCAACGAGUAACAGAGAUCCCUCAUUUCUGGUGACUCCAAUUUCUCGAUUUCCCACACCAUACUUGGCAUAUAUUUUCCGUAGAGUUCAUUUCUCUACGGGUUUUUUGCGCAUACAAAGAGCUGAAUUAAGGUUUUGCAUUACAAUAGACGCCUUAUUGAAUCGUCCUGAAUAGUAUACCUUAAUUGCCGCAAAAAUUUAAUGGGUUUACAGAAUUUGGUCUCCACUGAGAUUGGAAUCUUUGAUUUUUUAAGCUCACUUUGCUGCAAUCCAAUGAAUUUUGGGCAACCUACGGUACUGACGGGGAAAAUGCAGAAAUUUGGAUAAAAAAGUCCAACUCUGUAUGUGUUUUAAAUUUGCACCAAGUUUCUGAGGGUCACACGAUGCUAACUUCCUUCUGUUCGCAAUAAGUUUUUGUUAUAUUGAGCUUCAUAAUUAUGCUAACCAGUCGUGUCACCAAACCCAAUUUAUUUUAUUUCAUAUGAACGGAAAUCGUGCAAUUUCUGACAUGGCCUAUAUUUGGUCCGGCGGACUUGGUCUUGGAAAUCGCGGAAAGAGCGAAUGACGCCGGGAAGGAAGCCCGGAGAUGUUCCUGUUCUUAUGUAAUGGUCGUACUCCAAUUCUAAUAGUCUUUCAAAUCCCCGCCGGCCGACGAAUUCCUAUAGUUUUAUCGAGUGUUUCGUCGAUUGUGAGAUAAUCGUUUCAUCAAAGCGGAUUGAAAUCCCUUUUUUUAGAAUAUGCAGAUUACACGCGUUGUCUGUCAUUUUUAGCGCCCCGACUUCCGCGAUAACGUGAACAGUUUAUGCAUGACCUGGAGGUAUUUGUUUUUGGUAGGAGGAUUUAAAUGUCGUCCAUAAAUGAGGGUGAGAUCCUUUAUCCGCAAGAUUUUCCCACUGGAUUUGCAUGGAGCCCCUGAAUGGACGCCCAGCUGUUUUCUCGCUUAAAUUACGAUAAUCCGGGGGAUGAGAGACGAAACCGUCGAUGAUAGGCUCGAUAAUUGCCUUUGAACUUUGGCUUGAUGUAUUUAAACACCUUAAAUGUUUUUUGCGUCAUUAAUCCGGCCUUUUUUAUUAUGCAGAUGGGAAGCUGGAAAGGAAGCGGAAUGUUUCUGAGCUCUUUAGGAAGCCUUAUCAAAUCUCGUACCCCAGGAUCUUUCACGUAAACUAUCAGGUUGAUGAAGGCGGACUGACAAACACAAAAAUAUAUAAGGGAUCAUUGUACGGAAAAUUACUUCCUAGUUGAUUGUUUUAUCUCUCCGAAUUCGCAAUACAUGGGGAUUUAAAUUUUUUGUUUUGCUUUUGUUUCACUCUUAAAGACAUCACAAAUUGUUUUCAAAAGGAAUAUUACCUAAUACUCGUGGUAAUAGCUUUGAUUGUUAACGGGAAUCUGCUUUUUACUAUUUUUCCGGCUUCAAAACUGCGUAAUAAUAGAGUAAACCUAUUAAAAUGAGUGUACACGACCCGUUUAGAGUCAUCAAUUUUGCAUGUUUUACACUGUUACAUGAUGUUUACCCUGUUUAUGAUGUUGUCGGUUUAUGUGCAAUCGGGAAAGAAUUUUAAAUGAGACAUCGGAUACACAGAGACUACAGGUCGGAAGCUGGCGGGAGUCUCUUGUUCACAUGAUUUUGGAUAAGCUUUGGGGACUAAAUAUAAUAGGUAAAAGUUCAUUGCUAUUGGUGUAUGAAUUUUAAUACAUGAUUCAACGAGAAGGUGCAACUGCCGUCACCAAAGGGCUUUUUAAAAUCUCGGUUGUCAUUGAUUGGCAUUGUCUAAAAUUUACGGCCCUUGACAAGCAACCCAAAUAGGUGAUUAACUCAAAAUUUGAAGAAGCCAUGUUGUUUUAACCCUGCCGGAUCCGUUUGUUGAUACAAGCUUGAUGCAUAAUUCGGCAUGAUUAAAUCUAUAUCUCGAUAACACCUUUUUUAAAGUCGGUUCCACCUGAGCUUCCCGUUCAAUUUUAAUUUUUCAACGUUAAACUCUUAAGCGUUGUGUGUUGUAGUCUACAGAAGUUAAAUUAUUGAUGGGAACAUGUGUUUUAAUAGGGAAUUUCCAGCCUUCCACGAUCUAUAUGUGUACGAGACUGUGAACUUUACCAAGUGUUUGUUUAGCCGGUGGACAAACCUAACAAACCUGCUGUGCUUUACUUAGGAUGACCUUUUCUGGUAUCUUUGAAUAACAUCAAAAUAUUUGAAUAAUACGGUCUUAUUUACGACCUUUGAGGAUAUUAUUUUUGAUGACCCAAAAUAUCAUAAUCUAUUCGUUUGUUUACGGGUUUUUCUUUUUUGAUAUAUCUGUUACUGUGCGUCAAAUUGACCUCCCUAGCUGCCGGCGCAUCUGAAUUACGUCAGGAAAAAAACAGGGCCACAGUCUUUGGCUUUUACUAGAGCUGUUGUAGGAAAUGGAGAGUCAUGAUUUAUGCAACUUUAAUCCUGAGGAUGUCCCGAAAAAACUUGCAUUAAAAGAAUUGUUUUUGCUUUAUGAACAUCAACGUGGGAGGCUCGUAUAAAUCGGGCAAAUACAUGUUUGAAGAACGAUUAUUUUUCCGGGUCUGGCCUCCAAAAAUUCGCCAAGUUUUAAUAUUGCGCUUUUCUGAUGCGUGACGUGGGGAACUAGAAGGAUUAAUUGAAAAAAUGUAAGCGUACAUGACUAAUAGAGAAGGUUCUGACCAGGUAUGUAUGACGAGAUUUGAUGCUAAUUUAGAAUAGAAUCUUCAAAGAUUUCUGUUAUCUUUUGAUUUCACCGUCUCACUUGAAGCUUACAACUUAUUUUAGACUCACAUAGAGUUCCAAAGUUGACCCGCUGACUUUUGACAUGUAUCAAAAGCGCGAAGUUUUUGUUUUUCUCCGUCUGAUUAAUUUGAAAUUUUUCCCUGGUGCUUUAAUUGCUUGUUACUUUCUACUCUUUGUUCUCUUUUGAACAGAUACUUAUGAUGACUCUGUAGAGGAGCUCUCCCGGCCUCGGAUAUUUUAAUGCUGGCCAUUAAUUCAACAUGGUAUGGCCUGUGUUGGCUGACGUUUUAUAGGGAAGUGAAUCAGAUUACGUUAUCGACGAAAAGAUAGGUCAGACCCAGUAAAUAAUCGGUGUUCUGAACGUGGGAGAGCGAUGUACUUGAGGUAUGUGGGAAACAAGGUCUUUCGAACUUUUCCAAGAUUAGAUUCAUCUUCAUUAAGGAAUAUGUACGUGGGUCGAUCUCAGAAUAUUCAUCAUGUUGAUGAAGCAACGAGAAUUUUAAGACAACCAGGAGAGUACACCAAAGGCGCCGCUCAGAUUUUCCCUAAAUUUUUCACACGCUAUACGCCACAUAUCAACGAAAUAGUUCCUCUGCAAGCUCGCGCCUUGCAGAGGCGGCCGUGAUAUCGGGCUGUCGGGAAAAUAACGGCGUAUCGUCGCUCCUCGGAAUCGCCCAUCAUCGCUCUGCGACUGCAAGCCGCGACUUGGGAUUUGGUGCGCGAUAGCGGCGAGGCGAGACAUUUUGAUGCGACAAUCCGCCGUUAUUUUUCCGACAGACUGAUAUUGUGAUAUUCAAGGAUUCGCGAAACGCGGAGAGCGGCAGGGACGAAGACCCUUUUGAUCACAAUUUGUUCUAGCGGUAGUAAUCUGUUUGAACUAAAAAUCUCUCAAAAUUUUUGCCGCAGAAUGAAACUGUUUCCGUUGACUUCCGAUAAUGAGGAAAUAUGAGAAGCAAAAACGCUUUUGGCAAUGUCGUUUUGCGUUGUGAUCUGAUAUUCGAUGUCUAACGGAUGCUAAAUUUCGACAAAAGCUAUCCAUCGCAUCUCCGGUUCUUCCCUUAUAGACCUCCAGACAUCUUUUGUCGAGUAUUCAUCGCUUCGAUGAAGUAAUCAGCAUUGUAGAGUAGUAAUCUCUUCCAGAUGCCCCUUUUUCUCCUAAGCCCCGUCAAUCUCUGUUCAAUGGCAAAUUAAUAUCAUUGUUGUGACGCUCCUCUCGCUUGCAUCAUUACCACCUUUACUACCGUAGCAGCAUCUAUCCUCCAUCCACCUCUAAUAUGUUUAUUACUGUUACAUUUUUAAUUAAGGGAUUAAGCACUUGGAACUCCUGUUAUUACCGAGAUUAGCGGCUGAUUUAUGUUGCUGUCAGGCUUGUAGCAUUUGGCAGACAGCUACGGUAUGAUUGUUCCACUUUCAACUGUGCCUUGUGUCAGAUUUUGGAGUUUUGAAAGUUCUGGAAAAAUUUUUUGCAACCGCUGUGUUCACGGCUUUAUUGACAAUUUUCUUCUUUUAUAUAGUGCUGUUUAUCCCCGGCUAAUUGUCUAAGAUGUAAUAUAAGUAAUGUAUUUACCAUAAAAUCUAAAUGUCGGGGAUAACAAUACGAUGAUUGAUAUGAUUAAUCGUAUUGUGAUAUAAUUACUUAUCAAGGAAGUUCUUGCGAAAUUCCGGGAAACUUCUUGGAUUAAGUAAUUUGCCCUCGAGUGAAAUGUAUGCGAUGGACUUUCUUCGAGCACAUUCUGUCAUAUUAUAGUAGUACUCAGCCUUCGGAAUUGCAAAAGGGGUAAUUAAUACCCAAUAAAUGCCGGUUUCAAUUCACAUUUGACGUUCGCUUUCAUUAUUAUACCCUGCAUUGUGUCGCUGCAAUUACAAUGGGGGCGUGUAGUUUUAAUUUUUCGAACUUUGGUUGCCCUCUUGACCUUGUACAAUGUCAGACGGCUUUCAAAAGGUCCAAUUUACAACUCUGCAAUUUUAAAGCACUAAGUAUUUCUAUAGUAGAUUUCUAAUUCUGACUGAGUCUUGUUUUUCCAUCUUGCCAGUACAAGUUACAGAUUUUUGUUUAUUUGGCCCAGAUAUUCUCCACGCGGAACCGGCUCUGAUGCGAUUCUCCUACCGUAAUCCGCCUUGGCGUAGGUGCUGUUUUGGCAUUACAUGUUCUAGAGGAUUUACCAGCAAAACAGCAUUGAACCAGAUCCCCUCAACUUGUAGGUGGAUAGCAGAAGAGAAUUUCUGUCCCGUCCACAAAGUUGAUAAAGCGAGCCGUUUUCUUCGACAAGGCUAUGGGCCGUGUUAUUUCCCGUAAAGGUCAUGUUAUCGGGCCUUGCUUUUGAACUAUGAGCGGAAGUCCAGUUUUCUCGGACAAAAAAUAGGUUAAGAUGGGAGUAGUUUAUUAUCCGACUUCAGGCCUAAUUUUGUUUGAGGAAUCGACUAUCUCGAGCGUAUCCGUUAAUAUCCCUAUGACCCUGAUAUCGCCUUAUAUAAUCUUUUUGGCGGAUACAUCUUUAUUCUUGUAAAGUCUCAAAGAUGCUCGAAGCUGUGUUUACUUGGAACAGGGUCAAAAACCAGUAGUUUUGUCUGGCCUCUACACCUUCUUAUCCGGUCGCGCUUGCAGCCAAAGAUAAUCGCGCUAUCUUCGGCUUUUGAAACAUUUCGGAUUCGCGGAUUCCUGGGCCAAACCCUCCGGCAAAUCCCGCUCUUUUUUCUCCAAAUCUCUGCUUAUUAUCCUCGGCGCCGCCUGCACUUUUCGUGGAUGGUGAUGUUGUGUUUCACAUCCAUUUUUCGUAUGUUUUCCCUGCGCCGUUAUUAAGCGGCGUUCUGGAAUUAAUAAACUUGGAGACCGUGCGCAUUUCCGGAGCCUCAAUUAAAACGAAGGGGCUGCUUCUGUUCCCAAUUAUCAUGGCCCUGGGCUCGCUGUCUUCGUAGCCACAAUGAGUAGUUUACUCGUUAGACUGUCUUCGCUGGAUGGCUUGUUGUGACUUGAGCUUGUUCACAUGUCUCGCCUAAUUCACACGGAAUUGGGAUGCUUAAUGAAAGUUCUUGAAGGCUGUUGUAUUAAUAAAGGCUUCUUUUUUGGUCGAAUUUGUACCCUUUUAAAGUUUGGUCUCCGAACAAAUUUCUAACCCAAUCCAUCUUGUUUCAAUUCGAAUGGAAUGAUGACAUAAUUAUCUUAUUCGAAUAUUUUAUCAACGUGCUUUUUGAGGUGAAAGCGGAAGUUGCAUUGAAAGCGGAAUCUAUUUCGGAAUUGAACGUAUCCUUUGUAUAGAUUUUUUUAUUAGGUAGCAUUAUAUGUUAACUAUUCAAGACGCUCUUGGUUCUCUUACUACCUGGAUUUUUGUUGAAUUUUCUUUCUGUGAACUCUGAAAAGAUUGGUGAAUUUUGUUGCAACUUAUAAAGCAAUAUUCCUUUGGUCUCAGUCUUAGCAAAUAAGAGGUAGGACGAAAAGUAAUAGUCUUUGGGGAAAAGCCACAGUUAAAUAUGCUUGUAGAAAGGUAUUAAGUAAAAGUUCGUAUACGGUUGAGCGGGUUUGUCGGACCUCCCAAGAGCACCCUUGGAUUCUAAUUUUUGAAGGUGCACUUGGGGGUUUCCGAGGGAGUUUUACCUGCACUUCUGAGGUAAUGAGGAGGCUGGGAGGGUGAGAAAAAACCAGAGUUUACUUUGCCUUUGCAAUAUUUUUUAACCGUUUUUUGGAAGGAGCGUAAUUGGUACAGAUGGAUAGAUAUUGAUUUGAUGCCGACAAACUUAUGUUUGGAGUUUCUUAAAAUUUAUUUUGCUGAAUCUUUGUGACCAAAUAUCAGUGCAAGUUUCGGCGAACACUGCAAAGGUAGUUGAAAUAUUAAAUCGCUUUUGCAGUCGAUGGACAUUAAAAAUGAUGAGAUAUCACCAGAAAAAAAUUUCCGGCCAUUACUUUUUAGAAAAAAUAUGAUCUCAAGUCUGAACGCAAUUGUGACUCCUUAAUCCUUAUUUGGAUACCAUAUUUCCUCAAAUUUCACCGUUUGAAGCAAUUUUAGGUCUUCUUUGUUGUCGUAUAUUACACACUUCUAUCCACCCUUUUGAUCCCUUUUUAUUGUGCUUUGAAACCCAGACUUGUCGCCUGCACUUUAUAAUUCCUCAAGGGGAGAUCUUACAAUUGUUAAUUUUAACUUGCUAACUAAAUAUAUCAAAACAAGUGCAGGCUGUCGCGUUUUUUCUCGUAAAGCACUUCAAUCUUUGUACAAUGUCUCUAAAGUUUUCAAGCUUGCAUGGUUCACCUUCAACUACACUUAAAAUUAAAAUUACAGGGUAUAAAUGCAACCCUAUAAUCAGCAUUGUAGGUAUUCCCAAGUGUAUAAAACGGAGGUGGGAGGACUAACAGAACCCUUUGAUUCAUUGUUAUUUUAGAAUUCCGACGUCGCUAGACUUUUUUUUACACCUGUUGGGGCCACCUUUGUGUAACUGGAAUUUCUUGGAGUGCGUCUGUUCGUUGAGACCUUUGGAAGUGAAGCCGUGGAUUUUGAUAUCUCUGCGUUUGUCUGGGUUUAACUUUUUUUGAUGAUAGCUUGAAGACCCAGACUCAGAUUUUGUGGAAUCUUGGCGAAGAUCGGGAGGUUUACAAUCCGUAUGGGAGAUCGCUGGCCUAUGAUUCGCGAAAAUCACCGAGGAAUUACGGUCCGAAAUAACUAAAAUUCGAUGAAUUUUCAUCCGCAAAAUUCCGAGUAUAAUUCUACCACGAUUACUUGAGAUUUUAAGGAAUUGGUGUAUGAUCCACAAAGACCGUUGGUACAAAAUUGAAAAGAACUUUGGAGGUUACACCUCCAGUUCCAUUUCAUAAAUGGGUCCUUCUUUUUUUCACUUCUGGUUUUUCUUCCUUUAAUUUAUCUUAAUAAUUGUAAUCUCUCUCCAGGUAAAAGUCAACCCCAUUUUCACCAAUCUUUGUCUUCUUAUCUUUGAUUACCUCGCUGUUUAUGUGGAUAUCUCCGGCCCCUUGCAAAAAUCCAUUGUUUGGAAAAUUAUGUAUAUAUUCUAGAGGUCUUCCUUAUCCCUCAAAUUGUUGCAAAAUCACGCGCUUUAUUGUCUCCGAUUCCCUCCUACACUCCCGGACAGCCCUUUACGUUCCGGGAAUAGCCUGACCUUAUCACUUCGCCCCUCAGGGCUUUGUUGUGCGUAAAUCCGCAGGACACAAACAGAUCCCAUUUAAUCCCAAAUUUAGAUUUCUCCCGAUUAAUUAUGCAAUUAAAAAUGAGAACAAAGGCGAGGAGUUUGGUCACUGAACUCCUUCUAUUACGUACGGAUAUAUUUACCUCGGUUCUGUGUUCCGGGACAUGUUUAUUAUUCACAUGUUGAGGCUUUGUCUUUACGGGUGUACUUAAAAGCCAAGUUUUCCUUCCGUUUCCCGGAUUUCACAACUGAAUCUGCCCGUUAUAACAGAGGGCAAUGACGUGGAAUAUAAUGGGAUUACACCAUUGUUUCGCAAGUUCUUUCUUCCCUAAGAUCUAGGUGACAAAUGGAUGGAUUAUUUAGCUGAAAGGUAGGGAUAAGAAAAGUGUAUGGACUAGGAGUGUAAGUAAGAUUUUGCGGAGUUCGUAUAUGUGAAGGAUAUGAACAGAAUAUUAAGAAGAUGCCGUCACUGUCGUGAUGAUCGCCUUCCGUGUGAGAUAGAAUAUAUAAUAUGCUUUUUCUUGCCCUUCUCCCUGAGGCUCUAACGCAUCAUCCCGAUUUCACGGUAUUUACAAUUUGCCUGAGUCCCAUUUCACACUGACCAACUCUUUUUUUUAAAUUGUAUGUUUAAUUUUUACAAUUUUAUUUUUGACAUUUGUAUUAUAGUAUACGUUUUUAUGACUCUCUGCUUUUAUACAAUGUUUUUUAUGCCUUUCUUUUUCUUACUGUGGCUUAAAUAUUGACAAUACAAUUGCUGUAUCGUCUAUCUCUAAUCUUUUAGCGUUCCAUUUUCCCAAUUUUUACAUUGGUCAUUCAGAAUUCGAAUACAAAAACAACACCCCCUUAUUAUUAGCGUUAAUCCUUCGGCUGAAACUCGGCUUCCAGUAAUUGACGAUGACUUUUUACGUUUACACAUAAAUGAACUCGGAAUUGUGGGCUAAAAAUUCUCAUAAUGCUAACUAUAACAGGGAGCGUACUUGGGCUCUAUCUUCAUCAUGACAACAUGUUAGGACAACAACAUAGUUGUGUUUAAUUAAAGCCCCACCCUCUCCCACUCACUCUCUGUUGGCCAAUUACAUUCUAGACUGUGUUAAGUAGUACUUACCUUGAGGAUCUUUAGUAAUUACUCAUCCCCAAGGUCGCUAAUUCUCGGGAUAUUAUACGUGCUAAAUGCGAGGAUCCUUAAGUAUUUUUUGUGCCUUCUUAUACACAGUCUAAUCGAUUGUUUUACAGUCAUAACCGGGUCUUGACUUUCGUUUAUCAGCGUGAUUUUUAUUGGGAAGCACAUACCUUCAAAAUUACUUCAGGGUUUUGUCAGUGCCAUGGAGAAUGAAGAUUCAUUUGAAACAUUGGACACAAAUGGACUUGGAGAUAUUGUAAGUUGCUAUUAAGGUUGAAAAAAGUCUCCUGGGUAUUCGUAUUGGGUGGCCGAAUCCUGAGAUAUUCAUAGUAUUUAAUAGUAUUUUUUGGUUUCUCAGGUUUUUUUUAAUGACGCUCUGACAAAAAUUCAAAAGUCAUCAUCCUACUUUUGCUUUUGUUUUUUGUUUUCUCAUCCAUUUAAUUCGCAGUUAGUUUCUUUCUGUUUUAUAUUUUAAACUUUUCAAUUUUAUGCUUUUUAGUCACAAUUACUGGGAAACGACAUUAACCACACAGCACUGGCAAUUUUGUACGAAAAAUUGUUGCGAAACAAAGAAUGCCUACAACAACAGAAAGAGGUGAGUUCUAGCUUGCAUGUUGCGUCGCUUUAGAGCAGUUCGGUCUAAGAGUAUUACACACUUUAAAUCUUCUAACCUUAACUCUUCCGUUUUUAGCCUCGUUGCGAAGAGACAGCCCUAUAUCGAAUGUUAAUGGGCUACGGCUUCCUUAUCCUUUGUUUUAUCGCCAUUGUGGGAAACUGCCUGAACAUCCUGGUCUACACCUCGGACCAAAUCCGCUUCUUCAUUGCCAUCAAGAUGCUGUGCACGAAACUCUUGACCAACACCUUGACCAUGUUGGUCCUGCUACCUCAGGCCUGUCGAUCCAUUGGCCUGUGGGCGGUGGGGUCGAUGAAUGACCAGGUUUACUGGAGCUAUUGGCCAUACCAAGCCUUCUUCGGAAAUUUCUUCGGAUUUACGGGCAUGUGGCUGACGGUGCUAAUGACGGCCGAGUGCUAUGUUCAUGUGUUUAUGCCGCUCAGAUCGAAGUCGAUAUGCACGAUGAAGAAUGUGUGGCGAAGCUAUGUGGUGAUAGUCAUCAUGGCCACAUUACUGGGUAUUAUUUAUCCGUUAAAUCGGAGUGUAAUGCUGACUGAUGAAUGCGAUAAGGUCGAGGUCGCCAUUGUUAUGACGGAUGGUAAGUUUUGCAUCGCAAUUUCCGAAUCUUGGCGGAUAAUUCUGAAUAGGGCGUUUUUCCAAGUACUCCAUUUAAUUCAUUAUAUCUAUUGUCUCGCUUCCGGCCUCGAUUAUUUAAAUCCGAAAUCCCCCAUUCAUCUUUACAUCUUUCAGCCGACUUUCUCGGUAUCUACGAGCGAUUCCACAUGCUGGCCAACAUGCUGUUCGCGAUCGUAAUUCCGCUCGGCCUUCUGGUCUUCAUGACUUCCUGCAUUGUCUGGCGGUUGGUGGGCAAGACCACACUGCUGCGGGAUACGGGCAAGAAGAAGGUGGGCGGGAAGUUCAACUCGGAGAAGAGGUCCGUCACCCAAAUCACCAUCAUCACCACGAUCUUCCAGCUGAUGGGGGAGCUGCCGUCGGUGCCCAUCUUCCUGCUGGCCUCCUUCACGGCCCCCGGAAGCAUGGAUAAGAUGGCGUGGAUGUGCUUGUGGCAGACAUUGUCCCAGUUCCUCGGCCUGUGCAAUGUCUCCCUCUCCUUCUUUGUUUACAUUGCAUUCUCGCCGCGGUUCAGGAAGGCGUUGAUUACGUAAGUUUUUUUUGGAAAUUGUUAAUUUCUGCAAAGAACGAACUUUCGAAGGGGAAUCCGGAAAAUCUAAGCAUAACUGGAAAUUUUGCGACAAAGACUUUUACAUUGACAUAAAAUUUGCCUAAUUUCACUUUUUCGACACUAAAAUAUACCGUGUUUUUCUCUUCAAUCACCAAAUUUUUAACUCUUAAAAAUUUUUCAGUCGACUCUACUGCGGAAACAAGUAUCUCCGAGCCGUUGCCAACUCUCUAACCCCCUUAAAACGCCAUUCCAACGACCCCAGUGUGUUGUCGAUUCAUUGUCCCUCAUCGACAGGUAAUUUCGUGGCCAUUUGUUACUCCUUCCUCGAUCUGAACCCAGAUUUUUAAUAUUACAGUCUUUACAGAUGUGCGCGCUUCGAUCCGCUUGAUUGCAGUGGCCAGUCGCAAAGAUGGCCGGCUAAAUGUUGAUUGUAUCAGUCCAACAUUAUCCGACGAAAAUUCUGGAAUCUACGAUCACUUCCUGUAA